AUGCGCGCGCUCGCGAGGCGCUGCGCGGCGCUGCUCGUUUUGAAGCGCGGCCUCGCGCUCUCGCCGCGCACGCUCAUCACCUUCGACGUCGAUUCGACCCUCGUCAAGGGUAGCAGCGCCCAGGCCGAGGCGUCGGCGCACGCGCGGUCCUUCGCCGUCGCCACGGGCGCCGUCUUCGGCGACGGCGCGCCGACGGGCCUGCCCGCGGCGGUCCUGGACGCGGCGGAGUACCACGGCAGCACCGACGGGCUCAUCGCGCUGCGCCUCGCCAGGAAGGCGCUCGGCGUCGCGCCGGCGGACGCCGCGCCGCGGCUGCCGGAGGUCUUCGCGGCCAUGUACGACUCCGUGGCGGGCGUCGACGACGAGGCCUUCGCCGUGGGCAUCGAGCCGCUGCCCGGCGUCGUCGUGACCCUGACGGCGCUCGCGUCCGACCCGCGCGUCGUCUGCGGCCUCGUGACGGGCAACGUCGAGGCCAUCGCGCGGAAGAAGAUGCGGGCGACGGGCCUCCUCGCGCUCGGCGCGCUGGCGCCCCCGGACCCGGAGCAGGUCGCCGGCGGCGGCCUCGCGGCGGCCGAGGCCGAGUCGGCGUUCCUCGGCGGCUUCGGCAGCGACUUCUGCUCGGGCGACAUCGACGACGCCGACCGGAACCACCUCGACCGCGGCGAGCAGAUCGCCAUCGCCUGGCGCCGCGCGCGGCGGGCGCACCCGAGCCUCGAGCGCCUCGUCCACGUCGGCGACGCGCCCGCGGACGUCCUCGCGGCCAGGGCCUGCGCGCUCGAGGGGCUGCUCGACGGCGACGACGGGCCGGGCGUCGUCGGCUGCGUCGCGGUCGGCACGGGCAAAUACGCGCCGGAGCAUCUGGCGGACCUCGCGGGCGACGCCGUCGACGGCGUCUGGGACCCCGUCGUGCUGGCGGACGGCCUCGCGGACCUUCGCUUCCUCGCGGUCGCACGCCGAGGGAUCUAA